UAUCAACUGCAACAUUUACAUUUGUGUGAACCAAUUGUAACGACAGGGAUGGCGGCCCGCCUGUGUACAUCGAUGUUACUCUUAAUGUACAUCCUUGAUCUAAUGUCAAUGGUUCUUGCAGAGACAUGUGGACCAGAGAAGGAGCAGUGUAAGCAUGGCUGCUGUGUGUUUUACACAAGGUGUUGUACUGAGCUUGAAUGGCGACUAUGGAUUCAUGGUAUUAUCCCGCUUGGCGUGUUGGGUGUAGUCGUUGUAAUUUUACUUGUCUGCGUCAUAAUGGCUUUCAUAACACCUGCUCCACAUGGACAAUUUCGGGCGUUUGCCAGAUUCGUUAAAGAGGGUCCUCCACAACCGAAACAUACAGGGACCAAAGAUUAUUGGUAGCAACCAUCGCUAUUACAGAUGACAGUCUGCCGCCUACACGUGCUGUAUAUAUCCAUCCCUCAGACCACCUAAUGUUUUCUAGAGCAUCACAGUUAGAUGAAGGAUUUCCCUGUAUCAUGAGCCUGAGUAUCAUAAACAAUUGUUAGUAACUCACUCACUCAUAGCACCCGUGAAGAUCCGGGUUAUAUGGGUUGCUGAAGACCUAUUCUACCCGGAUCUUCACAGGUCGAUUGGUAGUAUGAGCAACGAUCCAUACCCGCGGGGUACGAUGCCACACAAAUCAUCCGACUCAGAUCACCCGAUCCAUGAAGUCGCCUCGUAAGACAAGCACAGGCUGCUUGGGACGAUUUUUUAACCCAGAAUGACUACUGCACUACAAGACCCGUGAAGAUCUGGGCUAGAAUACGUAUCCCAAUUGCAGGAUCGAUGCUUAUGAUGUCAAUCACUGGAUUGUCUGGUCUAGAGGAUUAUUUACAGACCGCCGUCAUACGGAUGGAAUACAGCUGAGUGCGGCGUUAAACAACAAACAAACAAACAAACUGCAAUGCAAGCACAGCCAAUUCCUACCCGAAAUCUUGAAUAAAGUUUUAUGUCUCUUAGUAAAUUGCAUUAU